CCCCGGGGUGUUGUGGCUAGCGAGUGAUGUAAGUGUUGUGGGCUGGUGUUGCGUGAGGCUGUGGCGGUGUGGCGGUGGUGUAGCGGUGUAGCAGCAUCACAUCACAUCACAGCACAGCACAGCAUGGCACACAGGCUAGUGACGGCCGCCAGGAGGGUGGACAGAAUGCUGCACAGGGGCCUAAAACGAGCUUCUCUUAGCCCGCUGUGGGUGGGGCAGCAGGUAGCCAAGAUGGAGUCCCCCCACAGCUUCUCUCUCCUGCAGCAGUGGUACCAACUCUGCCAAAAACCUCCCAGGGGUUUUGAGAAGUAUUUUCGGGGGGCGGCAGGGAAGCAGGGGGCCCCGGGGAAGGGUGGCAGGAAGGAUGGGGGGCAGGGAGAUGCAGGCCCCCCGCCCCCUCCCCCCAGUAAGGUCCCCCACCCGCCUCCCACUGGCCCCAAGGAUCCUUUCUCCAUGAAUUUAUUUGGUUCAGGGCCUAAGACAGGUGGCGGUGGCAGUGGGGGUCGAGGGGGCCCCAAGCCGCUGGGCGAGGGAGGGGAGAGGGAGAGGUGGGUGGCGCUGGCUACGCUGGCGGCUGUGGGUCUCCUGGGGGUGGCGGCUUACUACCAGAUGAGCUACAGGGAGAUCACUUGGAAGGAAUUCUCGAAAAAUUACCUGGCCAAGGGGAUUGUGGAGAAGCUGGAGGUGAUCAACAAGAAGUGGGUGCGCGUUAAACUCAUGCCGGGAAACCAAGUGGAGGGCGCGACGACCCUGUGGUUCAGCAUUGGCUCAGUGGACGCCUUUGAGAGGAACGUGGAGACGGCACAGCUGGAGGCAGGGAUUGAGCCGAGCAACUACAUCCCUGUGGUGUACAAGAAUGAGUUGGAGGCUGCAACCUUUACCUCCUUCCUGCCCACCCUGCUUAUCAUUGGGUUUCUGAUCUUCAUGAUGAGGAGGUCAGCCCAGAUGAUGGGUGGAUCAGGCGGGCGGAGGGGUGGAGGGCUCUUUGGCGGAGUGAUGGAGUCGACUGCCAAGAUGGUCAACCCUACGGACAUUGGGGUCAAGUUCCUGGACGUGGCGGGCUGCGAGGAAGCCAAGGUCGAGAUUAUGGAGUUUGUCAAUUUUCUCAAGAACCCACAGCAGUACACAGAGCUGGGUGCCAAGAUUCCUAAGGGGGCCAUUCUGACGGGGCCUCCCGGUACUGGCAAGACCCUGCUAGCAAAGGCCACAGCAGGGGAGGCAAACGUUCCUUUUAUUUACGUCUCUGGCUCGGAGUUUCUGGAGAUGUUUGUGGGUGUUGGCCCGUCCAGGGUAAGGGACAUGUUUGCAAUGGCGCGGAAGAACGCACCUUGUAUUCUCUUUGUGGAUGAGAUUGACGCAGUGGGGCGGAAGAGGGGUGGAAAGAGCUUUGGUGGACACUCGGAGCAGGAGAACACCCUGAAUCAGCUGUUGGUGGAGAUGGAUGGCUUCAACACCACCUCCAAUGUAGUGGUGCUGGCGGCCACAAACAGGGUGGACAUCCUGGACAAGGCGCUGCUCAGGCCGGGGAGGUUCGACAGGCAGAUCUUUGUUCCCCCGCCAGAUAUCAAGGGACGUGCUUCAAUUUUCAAGGUGCAUCUUGGCCCCCUGAAGACGCACUUGGAGAAGGACGACCUCGCACGGAAAAUGGCUGCCCUCACUCCUGGAUUUACUGGCGCAGACAUCAGCAACGUGUGCAAUGAAGCAGCCCUGAUUGCAGCCAGGGACGCAGAGACAGAUAUCAUCAUGAAGCACUUUGAGGCUGCCAUUGAGCGUGUGGUGGCUGGCAUGGAGAAGAAAACCAAUGUACUACAGCCGGCAGAGAAGAAAACUGUUGCCUUCCACGAGGCCGGCCAUGCUGUGUGUGGCUGGUUCCUGGAGCACGCUGACCCACUGUUAAAGGUGUCCAUUAUACCCAGAGGAAAGGGCCUUGGCUAUGCCCAGUACCUACCUAAGGAGCAGUACCUCUUCACCAAGGAACAGCUAUUUGAUCGAAUGUGUGUGAUGCUUGGCGGCCGCGCUUCUGAGAGUAUCUUCUUCGGCGCUGUGACCACCGGCGCCCAGGACGACCUCAGUAAAGUGACACGCUCUGCCCAGGCCCAGAUUGUCCAAUAUGGCAUGAACGACCGAAUUGGACUGAGGGUGUACCAGCUGCCGGAGCCUGGAGAGAUGGCCAUGCAGAAGCCGUACAGCGAGGCCACAGCUGGAGCAAUCGACGAGGAGGUUAAGUCGCUCAUUGACGAGGCAUACAUCAGGACCAUCAACCUGCUGACGGAGAAGAAGGAGUGCGUGCGAAAGGUGGCCGAGAGACUGCUGGAGAGAGAGAUCUUAAGCCGAGAUGACAUGAUUGAGCUCCUUGGCCCACGUCCCUUCAAGGAAAAAUCCACUUACGAGGAGUUUGUAGAGGGAACAGGUAGCUUUGAGGAGGACACCAAGCUUCCUGAGGGCCUGAAGGAGUGGAAUAAGCCCCGGGAUCAGCCACAGAAGCCCAAGGAGGAGGCCAGCUAGUGUAGGACGUGUGGAUGGAGGUGAGGGAUGUAGGACGUCUUCAAGGAUUCUUGGCGAUUCAUGUAUCAAUAGCGAGGGAGGAGGAUGGAGGGUAGGAAAGAUGAAGGAUGCAGUUUUCUUUUUCCCUCACUGACCUUGAAGGAUGGAGGACAGGAGAGGUGAAGGAUGGAGGGAAAGAGUUGUAAAGGGCACAGUUUCCUUCACCUUUCCUCUGACCGUGAAGGAUGCGGAGCGUAGGAAAGGUUAAGGAUGCAGUUUCCAAUGUUUCUCCUCUGACCUUGAGGGAUGCAGAGGGGAGGGAAAGCCAGAGGAAGGUCAGGGCUGCAGUGAGAGGCUUAAUGCAAACAAGCCUUGCCUGAGAGAGAGAGUGAACCGCAAAUAUCGCCUCACUUAGUUAAUUUAUCACGCUGGUUUUGUGUCAGCUUGUAAAUAUGUAUGUAUGUAUGUACAUGACUUGUGUUCAUGCCCGCUUGGAAGGUGAACCAACUAGGACACCAGUGAAGUGUUGCCGGGAAGUGUUGAAAUGUUGCUUUGUAUUUUUUUUUUGUAACUCUGAAGAAAGGUGAUUGCACAUU